GCGCGCCACCCAAUCUUUCCUUUCGACGUGCAUCCUUGAGCACCAGCAGCAUUCGUUUCCGCCAGCUAAAGACAAAGAAAGAUGUCCGACGAAGGAAAACUUUUCGUCGGUGGCUUGAGCUUCGACACAACCGAAGACUCUUUGGCGGCGGCUUUCUCCAAGUAUGGAAACAUAGAUAAAGUUGAUGUGAUCAGAGACAAAGAAACAGGAAGGUCUCGUGGAUUCGGCUUCGUCAAGUACGACAACGCCGAUGACGCAAAAGAGGCGUUGGAAGACAUGAACGGAAAAACCGUGGAUGGCAGAACGAUCCGCGUGGACGAGGCAGGAAAAGGUGGCGGCCGUUCAGGAGGUGGAGGCGGCGGUGGCUACAGAGGAGGAUCCCGCGGCGGUGGCGGAUAUGGCGGUGGCGGAGGAUAUGGCGGUGGUGGAGGAUAUGGCGGCGGUGGAGAUCGGGGAUAUGGCGGCAGAAGUUAUGACGGAGGCGAUCGAGGCUAUGGCGGCGGCGGUGGAGACCGGGGCUAUGGCGGCGGCGGUGGAGGCUACAGGAGUGGUGGCGGUGGCGGGUAUUCCUCCGGCGGUGGAUACAGGGACAAUAACUAGGGGCCAUGUGGCUAUGGAGGCCGGUCGAGGGACUCCCACAGAGACAGCCAUGCUAGCUAUGCUAGCUAUGUUAGCCAUGUUUCACACGAGUUAAAAUCCUCCCUUAUUCAAGAUCAUCCCUUGGCUGGUUAUAUAAAAACAGAUGCGCUCCCCAAGAAAUGUCCAUGUUAAUGACCAGAUUUUUUUUCUAUAGCCCUAUUCUGUGUUCCAGUAGCUCGAGCACCUUUUGAAGUUAGUUUCAGCCAUUCGUUUACAAACCAUGUUUAAAAGUUAAAAACAGCAAAAAUAUCUAGUUCGAUGAGACAUGCUCAUUUGGCCUUUCGUUUUGGUUACAUGAUAAUAGUAAUGUCUUGUUGGUCCCGUCAACUGCUAACUUAAGUGAAAAGUAACCCAUUCCUGCUCACAAGCGCUGUUUCGACGUUGCUUCGUCCUGUUUUCACCUAGCACCGACAUAUUUCCCUGGCCUGUUCCCUUACCUGGGCGCGUCCAUUGGGACCUGUUUGCCAUUUCAGUUCCUCUUUUUAAUUUUUCAUGACCAAUUCCGUGACUUACCUCCUGCCACGUUUUAAACCAGAGCAAAAGAUUCCACUUAAGGCUGGCGGGCAGGGAUGUACUAUUUAGAUAUUAUACAUUCCUUAAGUGUAGCUACGCAGCAAAGCCUCGUCAGACUCUAAUACAAAGUUAUUGACGUAACUGGGGGUCCUGUAUGUGUGCUGUUUCCCACAGUGAAUUCCUUCAGAAUGGUGACCCCCCCCACACGCCUGAUGAGGUUUGCUGUUUAAAUGGUAAUAUUCACCAUGCUACAGCUAGGCCACG